UACACCCCUCCCACGCCCUGGUAGCCAAUCUCCUUUGGUGUCAGAGCCCCACUGCCGGGCAGGAGGAAAUAGAAACGACCUUAUGUUUUACUUUCAUUUCUCCAGCAGAAAAUUGUACUUGGACACUGACAGAGCGAGCUGUGGGACAGUUCUCCAGCAGAGUUUGGCUUUAGCCCGAGCCCAGGAGGAGGGGAGUUCGGGCAACUGGAGCCCAGACUGUCACCUGCUGCGUUAUGGGAAAUGCAAAUAAUAAAGGGCCAAUCCCACCCCCCUCCUCAAAGCCAACUCCAGAGGGGAUGGUGAAGCGACUCCAGGAGGACGUCACCUGCUCCAUCUGCCUGGACAUCUUGGACAACCCCGUCUCCAUCGAGUGCGGCCACAACUUCUGCCGGGGCUGCCUCUCUGCUCACUGGAGCGGGGUCUCAGCCUGGGGAUCCCAGUGCCCCGAGUGCCGAGCUCCCUGCUCCAGGGACAGGAUGAUCCCAGACACACGCGUCAAAAGCCUGGUGGAGAAAAUCAGAGACCUGCCACGCGAAGAGACGCUGACAGCAACAGGGACAGUGAGCCCUGAGCAGGGGCUGGGGGCUCAGCUGGGAUCAGGGCGCCCGGUGCAGCUGGUGCGUCUGGAUGACAAAGGGGGCCUGACCCUGGACGAGGAGGCCCUGAGCCGCUGCCUGGAGCAGGGUGGGGUGGGGAACGCCCCCGUCUGCCUGGUGUCCAUCAUCGGGGAGCAGCGCCGGGGCAAAUCCUUCCUGCUGAACUACCUGCUGCGCCGGCUCCGGAGCCCGGAAGUGAAGGAUGGAUCCUGGAUGGGCCGGGAGGAGGAGCCCCUGGAGGGGUUCGAGUGGCGAGUUGGCACCCACAGCGUCACCAAGGGGGUGUGGGCUUGGAGUCAGCCCUUCUGGGUCCCCACUGAGUGGGGGAAGGUGGCCGUGCUGCUGGUCGACACCGAGGGCUCCAUGGACAUUCUCAGAGACACAGCGACCAGCGUCAAACUCUCCGCCCUCUCCAUGCUGCUUGGCUCCUACCAGAUCCUGAAUGUUUCCAGCCAGAUAAAGGACACUGAUCUAGCAUAUCUGGAGAUGUUUCUGCACGUGGCCGAAGAGGUGGGAAAGGAAUACGGGCUGGAGUCCAUUCAGCACCUAGACCUGCUGGUGCGGGAUUGGAGCAACUCCACGGUCCUUGGAAGUGACGGUGGGAAGGAGCAUCUGAGAGACGUCCGAGAGAUGCUGGCAGCGAGAUCCCCUUGCAAACACCCCAAGGCCCUGGAAGCGCUGAGCAGAAGCAGCAGCCGCUGUUACCUGAUGCCCUUCCCUGGCAGGCAGAUCAUGACUGGGAGGCAGGGAAGCCUGAGAGGUAACGGACGCGGGACAGCGGCUCUGAGCCUGCGCGACGGGGCGUCUCCAUUUCUGCCGGGGAACGGGCUACGCUGGGAUGCUCCGGCUCCGGGUUCAUUGCCAUGUCCCUUCCCCUUCGCAGACAUGGAUGAGGAUUUCCGGGACAGCCUGAGGGACUAUGUCACCACCCUGGUGGGCUCGGCCGGUCAACACGCGUGGAGAGACCGGCAUGGGGCGCUGCUGACCGGGACACAGCUCACUGCUCGGAUAACGAAAUUCUCUGAUCUGAUGAAGAAACAUCACUGUGGCUUCUCCUCUCCCGCUCAGAUGGCCAUCACCUUCCACAACCAGAGAGUCCUGGACAGGGCCAGCGCAGACCACGCUCUUUUCCUGAAGGAGAAGGACGGCGACUCCCAGAACAUGAUCGACUGCCUGAAGGUGCGGCCGAGCAAGAUGGUGGAGCUGUUGGCGGAGCGGCGCGGGCACUUGCUGUGGCGGUGCCGGACCGACAUGCGGGAGCCGGCGCCGGAGACAGAGGCCCGGCUGACAGAGCUGGAGGAGGAGCUGACGCGGGAGACUAAGACCUUCCUGGAGAUCUACGGGAAGCGCUUUAUGAAAUUUGCCAUUUUGGCAGGCGUGGGUGCGGGGAUGGUGGUCCUGAGCCCGGUGGGCGGAGCUGUCGGUGCCGGGAUCGGUGCCGGGAUCGCUGCUGCUGCCGUCGCUGCCGAGGCGGCUGUGGCCAUUGGGGCUGGGACGGGCGCCGUGGCCGGUUUCAUUGUGGGUGGGGGCGUGGGCGGGGGCGUGGGCGGGGGCGUGGGUGGCAACAUCGCCCGGAGGGAUAGGCAGAGGGCUGAGGCCGCUGGUGGGAGGGAGGAGGGGGAUGGCACUGAGGAUCUAUCCGAUGACAAACCCCUGAUCUGA